AUGCCAGCAAGUGUAUUAUCGAUAAGAUGGUGGCGUUUAGUAGCUAUUUGUUUGCUAGUGCUAGUUUUAAUAGAGCUCUGUACGGCACAGCGCGUUCGUCGCCGUCAUCCACAUUAUCCUAAAUUUGAAAUACUAUGGCCUUUACACUGGGUUAGUGCAGCGUACGUUUGGGGGUUCCUGAAGCUGGGUGCCAUUUUUGCCGGUUUGAUGCUACUGUUUGUCUUUCGCAAUCUGUCCUGGAGUAACAGUCCAACGUAUAUCGAUCACGAUACGCCUGUCUAUCACUUUAGAGGCUUCAAUGCUGGGAUGUGGGAUGUAAAGGACACCGGAACCAGUAACGAUGAGAUACUAUAUUGGACUGACAAAAUUGAACAAGCUGUAGCAAAAUUUGGAGAAAAGAGACAAUAG